CGUCGCGUCGGCAACGACGACCACCGGCAACUUUCCCCCCCAUUCAACGAGAAAGAGCGCGCGCGGCCGCGCAACGUUAUCGUCCUCGAGCGUAACGCGUCUCCGAGGCGUCGGUCAACGGCUGAAACGCCGUCCGCUGCUGCCGCCCCCGUCGCCACGGGAUGGCCGCCGCGCGUUCAUGAACGCCAACGAUACUCGCCGCGCGACGAUCGCGAUGAACUUUAUGGCGCACGUGCUCCACGUGUUAGACUGACUCCUCCUCUCCCUCCUCCUCUUGUGAUUGUAGUGCCGACAUUUUCGUCACCUUCUCAACCAGCACUGCACACAACCUCACCACCUUUCCUGUUUCCUACGGUGCCUGUUGAACAGUGAAAUACCUGCUGCCAUUUGUGCUUCAGAACUGGCAUUCUUGUCAUUGGGUAACCACGCACCUUGCGAAGGAGUGCUGCUUCUGCUUGUCACAACGGCUGGCACCGUUUCGUGCUCGGGGAAACUGGUUGCCCUGUCCAUUUGCGGCUGCGGUGCUCUCCUGAAGUGCAGCGGUCGCCGCAGUGACGUGACGUUGGAUUUCGCGUGGCGAACGUGAAGGACUGUGCGCACCGCCUUUCAAGGACGUCCACCAGCUAUGCUGGACCGCUGUGGAUUUCAGCUUACACCAGGGAUGAAUAACUUCGUUGCCCCCGUGCUUCCAAGGGAAAACCUUCGACCAGGACCAAACAACAUUGGUUGGCAAGUUACCAGGCACCGGGACCCUGCGUGGCAGGGCAGAUAUCGGGGUUCCGUCAAGCCAGACCUGGACCCGUACCUGGAGCGCGACUGGGCGCCGGUGCGGCUCUCCGACGCGGCAAGUGCACAGCAAAAGGCUCGCCGCGAGAGCGCCUCGCAAGUGGACGAGUUCUUUGAGGUCCACCAGGUCGAGCCCGCAGAGGACGGCGGCAUGACGGCGUCGUUCGCCUCCAUGUGCGCUUCCCCGUACCCUCCCUACAUGGGCCGGUACCCUCACGCGCCGCCUCACAUGAGGGCCGAGUACCGGCUCUACCAUAUGGCUGUGUCCAAGUCCGAGGACAACGUGUUCGCCAAACCCAACCCUCCCCAGCCGCAGCAGCCGCAGCAGCCGCAACCGCAGCCACAGCCGCAGCCACAACAGCAGCCACUGAGGCAGCAGCAGCAACAGCAGCAGCAGCAACAACAUCUUCACCACCAGCCGCCUUCCGCGCCGCCGCUGGCCGACUCCUUCAACAUCAUCUGGGAAGACAUCACGGCGAGCAUGAACGCCCGGGAACCGGACACCUCGGCAACGGCUCCGCCGCCUCAGUCGAACUCCGUGGACAUGGUGCCCGUCGUGAAGAGCGAGGGACCCGUGCUAGCGCCCUGUCAGUACGGACCCGUGAUCAAGCAAGAGCUCGAGGCGUCGUGUUACCCUGGUGGCGGCUACUCUCCCCAGGCCGGUGCCGCGGCACCCCCGACCAACUUCAAGUUCAUGGUCGGGGGACCGCACUUCUCUAUGGCGCGAGUAUCGUACAUGCCUCCGACGCCACCGAACUCGGAGCCCGGAAGCCCGGCCACCGACGGAGGUCCGUUGAGCGGGUCGGCGUCGACGAGGAGGACACCGCCGCCGCCGUACCCGGCCGAGAGUCAACCGUCAAUGCCCUCCGGCCACAGAUCCACGCCCUCCGGCACCAGGUACAACAAGCGAAACAACCCCGAGCUGGAGAAGCGACGGAUCCACCACUGCGAAUACGAAGGUUGCUCCAAGGUGUACACCAAAAGCUCCCACCUAAAGGCUCACCAAAGGAUACACACUGGAGAGAAGCCCUACCACUGCCACUGGCAUGGGUGCGACUGGCGCUUCGCGCGCUCCGACGAGCUGACUCGCCACUACCGGAAGCACACGGGCUGCAAGCCGUUCAAGUGCCGCAUCUGCGAGCGCACUUUCGCCCGAUCUGACCACUUGGCGCUGCACAUGAAGAGGCACCAGCCCAAGGUCAAGUGACCUUGGCGCGCCCCCCAAACUUCGUCUCGACACAUAUAGCCGGCAGAAACAAGUGAAACUGUGCUAUGCCGCCCGGACGCGCGGUUUGAAUCCAGCGUGCGCGCCGUCUGCUUGCCAAGCCCCACGUUUCAGCGUCGUGUGCCCGCCCGCCGCCUCAAGCACUUUUGUGAACUCUUGACCCGUGCCUUUUCGAUGGACCUUUUGACAGAGACCAAUCAGUGCUGCGUUCGAUCCACGAGAACUCAUUGUGUUGACUUUCAUGUUGCCGAGCGCCUGCCUCUCGGAUGACAUUGGUGGUGGUGAUCGUGCCGCCUCGCGGAACGGACACUAAAAAAAAAAAAAGCAAAAAAAAGGGACUAUACUCCAUCUUAUACAUAGCAAGCAACGCUGUGCCACCUGCGCAAGUAGUCCGGUUAUAGAAGUCUUACUCCGCGCGUUUGGCAAAGUUCUUUUUAAUGUGCUUCCUUUUUAAGGCAAAGAAGAACAAAAACUAAAACUUCAUACAGUAUUACAACCACAACUUGUAGACUCGAGUUUAAGUCAAGUUGCGCAUUAUUUGUGCGAUUUCGUGUUUCCAGUAUGUGUCACCCAGUGUCAGCCCUGUGGCUAUGGCGUUGCGCUGCUAAGCUUUCGGCCUUCGCAUCCGCAUUUCGCUACCGGCGGAAUGACCAAACGCUCGUGAACCUCGUAUUUGAGCGCGCGUUAAAAAAAUCCGCCGUGGUCAAAAUUAAUUCGGAGUCUUCCACUGCGCCGUGCCGCAGGUAAUCGGACCGUGAUUUCGGCUCGUAGAACCCAAGACAUUAAUGUUUUUGCCUCCGGUAUGUGGCGUACUAUGUGUUGCUCGCGAGGGCGAAUGAUGCGCUGUGGCCGCUGGUCGCACUAAUCUGUCGCACCGCUCAUUUUGUCGUGAAUAGGAUCUCCGAGGCAUUCUAUGUAAUAGAUACGUCAUAGUUUGUUACACAAAAGUAUGACUUAGCUUUUAACUCUUAAUCUGUCUUUCUUACGUGGUGCGCAAUUUUUGGGGCGCGGAUGCGAACAGAGAGAAGUCUCUCUCUCGGCUUCCGAGCGUUGCUUGCUAUGUAUAACACGCAGUAUGAAGCUCGUCAGUUGGAGAAAGUUGUUCCUGCCGUGGUUGCCCCCCACCGCGCGCUCCGGGCGUCAGCCUUUCCUGAGAAUUCAUCAAGUGCCAUUACGUCGGUUGUUUCGUCGCACCGCGCGAGUUGUGUUUCGAGAAGAGCGCAGCGUCGCGUUUGUGUCGCGCGAGAUGACGGACAUACGUUACCCCCUGCCCCCCCCCCCCCCCCCUUCGUCGUUGUAAUCAGUGUUUCGCGUCCUUUUAAUCUAUGUUGCUCUUUAUUGUUGGUUUUUUAUUGUUGUUGAAAUGAGUCGCUAAAUGCGUUCGAUACGAAUCAACCCUCCCCUUCCUCCUCCUCCUCUUCUUUUUUCGAGUAUGAUUGGACGUUUGAGGCUAAUCACACUUUCAAUGGAGCAGACAGCACGCUUCGGGCGCUGCUUGUGAGAGUCUAUGUAAUAUUUGUAGGUGUGCAGCAUUCUUGCACCUUUGGCGACGAGCCUCCGCUAAACUUCUCGAAGAAAGUGGAACAAGAUCUGAAGAGUUUAUUUACGAUGGCGAAUUUUUUAUUCUCUUCAGGAAAGAGCCGUCGAUUAAAGUAGACAAAAAGCGGCACGUAUAGAAGGUCCCGAGCGCGCCUGAUAGCGUGUUUUCCUCCAAUUCUACAGAUGGUGACGUUGAGAAAGAGCCCGUAAAUGUUGCAUGCUUUCAAAUUUGCAUCCACGGCUCUCUCGCCCGCUUUUGCAAACAAGUGAUCUAUUUAUGGAAAUUUUUAUUCGUGCCAUACUUCGUCAGUGUUGUUUUCAAGCCUGAUAUUAAUUUAUUGUUUACUUUACAUUGCGAUUUGCGAAAAAAGGUUUGUUUUGCUUACAUCUGUCAUCGAAAAUGUCAUUGAAAGAAGAGUCAGAAGAGUCAUGUUUUUACCUGUGACGUACGUCUCCGCAGCACUGUUAACAGUCGUCCUCCCUUCCCAUGAAUCGAGAUCGAUUUUUUGACGUUAUUGGAAGCGUUAGUGACUUCCGCAGACGGCUUUUCCACAACAUUUGGUUGCCUAAUGAAUAUACAGAAUCAACAUUUGCAGUUAGCGUCAACGGCUUUGAAUUCAAUUAACAAAGUAGCAGGUGCCACAGGACACUGGGCAUAAUGUGGGCCUGAGUAUUUGGUCAAGGAAACCAAGGCAAUCGAGAGAAACAAUGAAAUAUCAACAUUUAAUUUUGGCUGUGUAAUGCUGUGGAGACGUCGGAACCCCCCUUUUUUAUUAUUAAUUCGUUGACAAGAGGGGAAAACUUCAUUUUAUUUGAUGUUGUCUUCACCGCUAUGAAAGCAAGGAGACAUUAAGUCGGGAAUACAUAUUCAACCUUUAUCGAAACUGGUGCCUUUUUAAACCGUGGUACAAGCUGCCUUAAAAAAAAAAAAAAGAAAACGUACCCGUUUAACCGCGGUCUUUCUGACCCCGUGCAUGUCAAGAAGUAAAGUGUACGCAGUAGACCUAUGAAGUGACCCGUGAAACUUCUUAUGCAGUGACGCAGAUUACUAAUAUGUCACCUACCUGUUAUCCACCAUCGUGCCUGAAUGUUCUUUAUCAUUGUAAUUUAAUUCUCAUCUCUCGUUAAAUGUACUUAAAAGAGGAAACGACAAGGAACAUUGCAACUCGCCUGUUCCGUUGAGCAUGUUGUUUCUGGACUCGCCGCGUACGCCCGUGGCAAGCUGGCAGCGGCGCGGACAGUUUCCUCGAAAGUGCUCAAAACGACCGGUGGUCGGAAGGUCUCUCCAUCUGUUCCUGAUGCUCAAUUGUUCUUUUGUGCCAUACUUUUUAUGCUGUACAUAGAUUUACAGAGAAGAACAGAGAUGAUUGCGCGCAAGGCUGGGACGGCCAGCGAAGGCAGUGCUGCGCGGCCACGAAAAAAAAAAAAAAAUGUGGGCACCAGUGCGUUGGCCAGACUAUUCCCCUCUUGGCGACAAGUGUCGUGUUCGAAUAUUUGUUCGCCUCUCGAGGCGCAUCGUCGCGAGUGCUGUAAAAAUAUGGCUUUAUUCUGCGAGUGAAAUAAACCAAAAGUGCCAUUUUUUUUU